AUUUUCGUUGAUGUUAUUUCUUCAGGAAACUCUCAAAUUGCUUCCUCAGAGAAUGAGAGUAUCGAUUUUGCCUGAAUCGCAAGAACAUUCAGCUCUGGGUAAAAGAUUGUUCUCAGAUAUUUCACCUUAUCGGGAUAAUUUUCCUCCGGAAACCGGUCUUCUUCAAGUGGUAGUGAACCGAAGAUUAUGUAAUUUUGAAAAGCGACCUGAUUUUAACUUUGAAACGGCGGAUGCUCAUUAUCCUUUCUCUAAAGAACUAGAUGAGGAGGGGGAGGAAUACUUCACACCACAUAGAGAAUUAGAAGUGUAUAGUACUCAAGCUGCUUUUAGGAUGACGCUUGACUCGCCAGAUCUGAUUGAAACCAAUAGCUCUCUAGGAUCGAACUCUGAAGAAACCGAUAAUGGGGCUCAUGAUAGCAUUAGGGUGGAUCAAUUUGGAUCCUUUAUGGAGUCUGAUAGUUUGGAGAAAUUGGAUUUGAUGUUAAACCCGGUGUCAAAUGAUCUGAAUCAGAAGAAAGAUAUGGUAGCUGCUGAAUCAAAAGGGGAUGCUAGAAGAAAAAAAAAUGAAGGGGAUCCAGGGGAUCGGAACCAAAUCCUAAGUAAAGAGGAUAAACAAGGAGAGGAGCACCUUUUGUUGAAAGUGAAGUUGAACCUUUCAAAAGGCUUCUUGUUAGAUCAGCUCUUGAGGAUUUUGGCUACCAAGGACCUGAUUUCACUUGAAAUAAUCAUCGAGAGGGAAUUGAAAAUACCCAAGAAAGAUUGAUAAGGCUUUUGUUAACAUAGAAUGGCAAAACCAAUUCAAAGAAUCAUCUCUUAAAGUCCUAUUACCAGUUGGGUCUGAUCAUUGUCCUCUGUUGGUUAACAUGGAGGGACAAGGAAAGAAUAAUUCUUCUUACUCUUUUAAAUUUUUUGAUACUUGGUUAAAAGAUCAAUCUUGCUUAGAUAUUAUAACCGCUUGCUGGAUUAAAGAUUGGCAUAACCAAACUAAUGCUUUGAUUUUUAAUCUUAAAAAUUUGGCAAACCAAUUUUCUUUUUGGAGGAAAAAUGUUUUUGGGCUUCCUGCCAAGAAAAUUAGGAAUCUAUUGACUGAAAUAGAAAACCUGAAUAAAAAGAAAGGUUCUCAAAAUUUUAUAAACUCUAAAAUGCUUUGCUUGGAAAAACUUUACCAUACUGAAGAAGAAAUUUCUAAACAACUUUCGAGAAAUAAUAUAAUUAACUUAGGGGAAAGAAAUACUAGGUAUUUCCAUUUAAAAACAAUGAAAAGAAGAAAAAGAAAUAAUAUAGAUUGCCUUAUUAGCUCUGAUGCUAGAGAGCUAAAAGAUAAAAAGGACAUAGCUUUAUAACUUCAAAAUAAUGUUGACAAUCUGUUUCAGGCAAUGCCAACUGACCAGAAUGAAGAAAUUUUUUCUCACCUUUCGGUAAGAGUAACAAAGGAAGAUAACAAAACUUUAAUGGCCAUUCCCUCUCAUGAGGAAAUCUGGGAGGUGGUCAGAAGUAUGAAACCUAACAAACCAUCGGGACCAGAUGGUUUCCCGGUAUCUUUUUUUAAGCAUAACUGGUCAUUAGUUGGAGAUCAACUAGUGGGGUUAAUUAAGGAAUUUUGGGAAACAAAAAAAAUUAAAUCAUGAACUUAGCAAAACUUUUCUUUUCUUAAUUCCUAAAUGUAAAGAACCAAAAUUUGCUUCUGAAUUUAGGCCAAUUGGCCUUUGUAACACCCCUUACAAAGUAAUUUCCAAACUGCUAGCUAAUAGAAUAAAAUGUCUGUUGGAUACCAUCAUCAUUCAGAGACAUUUAAACUUUUGGAAUUACAAUGGAAGGAACUUAACCAUUCCAAAUGCUUGUCAUACUAGAAGCUUAAAUCUUAAUGUUCCAUGGAAAUUACCUAAAUCCAAUUGCUUUAAGCUUAAUUAUGAUGCCUCUUGGA